UAGUGAUCUGCUGUUUUCAGUCGAUGGAUAUCGUUACUUUUCUCUUUGAGCUCAUAUUAUUUCUUUUAUUUUAUUUUAUCAUCGAAGAUGUCGUUGUUGUUGUUUUGAUUAAAACUUUUGAUUUUGGUGUUGAUCGAGUUUUAGGGGAUUUUCUUAUCUUAUUUAUUUGUGCUAUUAUUUUUGAAUUCCGACAAUAUCUGCAAGUUCUUCCUUUUUUUCUUUCCAAGGAGAUCUCCGUAUGUUAUUUGAAACAAGAUCCUGAUUUUCAUUUUUCUUCCUUGUUAGUUUUUCCUUUCAUCUGUUGGGUAUCUCUGUUAUCGAUUCAUUUGGUUUUUCCAUUUCGGGUAUUUUUAUCUGCACCUGCUAUCCUUCACGUACGGUUUGAAAUUUUGGGUUACAAAUUAUAGUCCUCCUUUUCUGCAACUCCAGGCUCAAAAGCACAUUUGAUGUGUUUUUAUUUUCAUUUAUCCUUUUUCUGUUUUUCGUUUUUUUUUUUUUUUUUUUCUUCUGAAGAGCCUUUAUUUUGUAGGAGUACCCUUUUCUCCUCUGUUUAGUGGCAUUGACUGGUUUUUUGGGGUGCUUGAGUGUUGAAGAUUCUCUAUUGAAAAUCAGAACUCCAGGAUUUCUUUUCUGAUAGAACAGAACAGAAAAGAAAAGAAGUAAAGAAAAGGGAACAUGGAAGCCAUGAUUUCUACUUCAAUCCUUGUUCAUCAUGGACAACUAUCUUAAAUAAAACGAGCGGGCUUGAUUGGGAACGGAGUUUGUCUGAAAAUGGAUGGGGAUACAUUUUCAGGCCUUGGCAACGGUACUCAAGUAGAUAACAAGGUCUUACAAACGUUUCAGAAGAGCUUUGUUCAAGUCCAGAACAUCCUAGAUCAGAACAGGUUGCUCAUCAACGAGAUAAACCAGAACCACGAGUCGAAAAUGCCAGACAACUUGAGCCGAAAUGUCGGUCUGAUCAGGGAGCUUAACAACAACAUCCGGAGGGUGGUCGACCUCUACGCUGACCUUUCCACCUCCUUCACCAAAUCCAUGGAAGCUUCAUCCGAAGGGGAUUCAGGAGGGACCUUGAAGUCUGACGGGAAGGCUGGCCAGAAAAGAAUUAGGCCCGGCUAGGCAUCGGGCCGCUCUCUCCUUUGCAAACCCUUCUCUCUCUCUCUCUCUCUCUCUCUGUACCAAUUCUUUUUUUAAACCGUGGGAAAGAAGAAAUUUUCAAUAUUAACGCAAGUAGAAUUGGAUUAGAUUUUGUAACUCUUGUAUCUGUAUUUGGGGAUUUUACUUGUUAUCUCAUUAGAAAUAACAGUUAAUUCUCUCUCCCCUUCCCCAUUGUAAUCCUGUGUAAACUGUCUUUAUCUCAUUGAAAGAAAUCAUGUCUACUUUCCAACAA